CCAUUAGGCUCAGGGGUGGGGAUGAGUUUCUACAAAAAGUGGGGGGUACAUGCCAGCCCUCCGUGGUCCUGAUCAAAGUGAGAGCAGACAGCAGGGAACAUCACCCUCUUGGGAUCGCAGGCUGUGGGCACAGACCCGAGAUGCUCAGGAGGAAUGCUUGCAAGACAUCAGCUUUCUCCUUCAUGGUCAAGCAGACGUGGGGUCCUCUGUGCAGUCGUCCAGUGAGGUCAGAGCAAUGGUGUUCUCAGCAGUCCUGUGCACAGAGAACCAGCAAUAACACCUUGCACCCACUCUGGACGGGCCCAGUCUCCGUGCCGGGGGGCACCCGGCAGUCCCCCAUCAACAUCCGCUGGAGGGACACUGUCUACGACCCGAGGCUGAAGCCGCUCACGGUCUCCUAUGUCGCGGCAUCCUGCCUGUACGUCUGGAACUCCGGCUACCUCUUCCAGGUGGAGUUUGACGAUAGCACCAAGGCGUCGGGAAUCAGUGGUGGGCCCUUGGAAAACCACUACAGACUGAAGCAAUUUCACUUCCACUGGGGAGCAGCGAACGAGUGGGGCUCAGAGCAUGCAGUGGACGACCGUGCGUACCCCGCAGAGCUGCAUUUAGUUCACUGGAAUUCUGUGAAAUACCAAAAUUACAAGGAAGCUGUCAUGGGAGAGAAUGGCUUGGCCGUGAUAGGCGUGUUUUUAAAGCUCGGGGCCCAUCAUCAGACGCUGCAGAGGCUGGUAGACAUCUUGCCAGAAAUAAAACAUAAGGAUGCGCGGGCGGCCGUGGGCCCCUUCGACCCCUCCAGUCUGCUGCCCGCCUGCCGGGAUUACUGGACCUACCCGGGCUCACUCACCACCCCGCCGCUGACCGAGUCGGUCACCUGGAUCAUCCAAAAGGAGCCUGUUGAAGUGGCCCCAGGCCAGCUCUCUGCAUUUCGUACGCUCCUGUUUUCUGCACGUGGUGAAGAGGAGAAGGUGAUGGUGAACAACUAUCGCCCGCUUCAACCCCUGAUGAACCGGAAGGUCCGGGCAUCCUUCCAGGCACAAGAUCCUGGAGACACUAGGUCCACAUGAAUAGCAGGACUGACUUUGAAGGAAGGAAGCGCUGUUUCCCAAGUUUCACAAUGUGAUUGUACGUGACUUCUGGAAUUAAAGAGAGAAUGAGAUUAC